ACCGUCUUGCUGCAGACAAGCGAAACCGUGAAGAGGAACAGCAGCGAGCACGGAUUGCAGAGGUUACGAAGGGCGAAGAAAAGCAGCAAAUUGCUAUCGAAGAAAAAGAGAAAGAUCGAAAAUUUUGUGAGCAAGAAAAGUCCAAAAGAGACGCCGACGUAAAUUCAGCAACUUCUCACCAACCUACUCCUCUCGAAGGCCGAGGCUCGGUAUGGAACCCGAGCUCGUACCACUGGGAAGAGAAACCGAUGACUUCGUGGUGUCAAGAAACAUUGAAAGAUCGUCUUAGCAACACAGGGUUUCACAUUCUGGAUAACUCAACUACGCUGCAACUUUUUAAUAUAACUGUCGAGGGAGAGGCUUCCAACACUAUACGCAAGGGUCGUAAACUUGUUAUUUUUGAUCUGACUAUUGGGGCCGACUGGACAGCAACCGCUAGAGACGAGAGCGGCGUCUUUCUCGCAGACUCACGUGGACGCCUGGAAAUAAACGAUUUCACAUCGGAAACUGCAGAAGAGUAUCAACUGAUGAUACGUGGUGACGGCAAGAUCCCUGCCCAACAGCGCAUUGAUACAGCAGCAAGAAAAGAACUGCCUUCGCAGCUGCAGCAACUGCUGAGACAAUUCGUGCAAGAUCUGAGAUCAAGGGGUUGA